AGAAGUUAGUAAGAGAUUUCAUUGAGUUGAGUGGUAGGUUUGUGGUAGCAGAUGCUCUUCCUUACUUAAGGUGGUUGGACUUGGGAGGGUACGAGAAGGCCAUGAAGCGAACUGCAAAAGAAUUUGAUGAUGUCGUUGAAGGUUGGUUAGAAGAACAUAAGCAAAGGAAAGUUUCUGGUGAGGCAAAGGGACACCAAGACUUUAUGGAUGUGAUGUUGUCUAUUGUUACCGACGACGAAGGGAUCUCUAAUUAUGAUGCUGAUACAAUCACUAAAGCUACAUGUCUGGCCCUUAUCCUAGCGGGCACAGAUACAACAACAGUAACAAUGACAUGGUCUCUCUCUUUGCUUCUUAACAACCGGAAAGCCCUAAAGAAAGCACAACAAGAGUUAGAUGUUCAGAUUGGCAGGGAGAGGCAAGUAAAUGAAUCCGACAUAAAAAACCUGGUCUAUCUCCAAGCUAUCCUCAAAGAAACAAUGCGUUUAUACCCCGCCGCACCACUCUCUAUCCCGCACGAAUCCAUGGAAGACAGCACUUUGGCUGGCUAUCACGUUCCAGCAGGCACACGACUUUUUGUUAAUCUCUCAAAGCUCCAUCGAGACCCACGUGUGUGGUCUGAUCCAAAUGAAUUUCGGCCAGAAAGAUUCCUUACAACCCAUCUGGAUGUUGACGCUAGGGGCCAGCAUUUCGAGUUUAUACCAUUUGGCACCGGUAGAAGAUGGUGCGCGGGAAUCUCUCUUGCGUUACAAGUUAUGCAACUCACACUUGCCACCUUGUUGCACGCUUUUGAAAUUACAACCCCGUCAAAUGAGCCCGUGGACAUGACUGAGAAAGUCGGAAUUACCAACAUGAAAACCACACCACUUGAAGUCCAUCUCACUCCACGCCUUCCUAUCCAAGUAUACGCAUGAUUUGAUUAGAUAUUUGAUCAUUAAAAUGCAAGCUAGUAUAUAUUUUUGGGUGUACUAAUAGUACUUAUAUAUGCAUGAAAAUUGGAAUCA